AGCUAUGUCAAAUGCUGUACAGCUAACAGGCUAUCUGCCGAAUGAGCGGUAUAGCUUCAGGUAAUUUGUACAACAUGAUAACAUACUACAAUCAAGUACCAUUUCGUCGUUAGAUGCGUUUUAAACUAAAUUAUGGUAGAUGGAAAUAUAGUAAAAGGAAAGAACAGAUCUAUAACUAGGACCCUUAACCCUUAACGUUGCAUGUGGUUUUUAGCUGAUAGAAUAAUUGAUUUUUGGCUGUGAUGGCUGAAAUAAUAUAUUAAUUGAUAACGGUAAAUAAAUGACAAUGGCUACAUUAUUCUAAGCAUCUAAGGAUUUUUCAGGGACACACGUUUCGCUCCAGAUGUUGCACCGAAGGUUUGAUGCUUCCGCUGCGGAUGGUACACGGAGGCGGUUUGGUAGAAUGUGCAUUAACCGCUCUCUGCGCAUAAACCGCGUGUAGAGAUUUCUGGAAAAAAGGGGGAGAGAGACGAACAAAGCAACCCAGGACUCCGCAUAAUCCCUCUGUGCCGUAGUCAGGCGAGGGCGGUGACGAAUGAUGGAGAGCUACAAGGAGUUCUGCUCCCGAAGUCUUGCCAGGCUCCAGGCGGAAGGGAAGAUGCAGAUCCGCCAAGCGAGCCGCGGCCAGCAGAGGGAGCUCUCUGCCAUUCGGUUCCAUGGUAGGGCCGUGCUCUGCCCUGUGCUGAGUGAGGAGCAGCGCAGAGAGAUGGCGCAGUACAGACAGAAGGCUGCACAGCUGGACGCAGGGCGGCAGGCACGGGUUCAGGGCGAGGAAGGGAGUGUGCAGGAGCACCUGGAGUCUGGAGCGCAGGGACAGACAGCAGCACCCCCCAGCUGCACCAACAAUGGCUUCUGCCAGUCGCCUGAAAAGGCUGGACCCAUGCCUUCUGCCCCCACACAAGGAGAGGGUCCGGGGGACCUGGGGGACCAGGGAGGGGGAGUCGAGGAGAGCAGGAGUCUCGACAUCAGCCUGCUGACGAGGUUCAGGGAGCAGGAGCAGGGCUGCCAGGGGCCCUGGGGGGUGCCCAGGAGCCUCUCCGACAAAGAGAACCAGAGAGGAGGCCAAAGCCCCCCCAGCCCAGCUAACACCCCCCACCAGACAUGUCCCCCGGAGGCGGCAUCCGGUGGCCUCCUCCAUGACCCAUCUGGGGCUUACACUCUGCCCCUCAGCACUGGGGCAGGCCUCAGCCCCCGCCCCCACCGUCGGCGCCCCCGGCCCGUCUCCACUGGCAACAUCUUGGCUACCUCCCCUAUAAACAUGCCGGACAGGUGGGGCGACUCUCUGGCGCCCUCUUUGGACAGCAGCCAGCGUGGAAAUUCAUUUGGUUAUGAGUCACCCUACAGUAUCAGUCCCCUGGGUGCUGGGGUCGCCCCCUCAGGCUUCCGGCGGCGCUGCCACACCCUGGACAGCAACCUGAACCCCAGCCCCCGGUGGACACCCAUCGACCGGAGCCAAGAGAGGCUCCCGCGCCUGAUGGUCCCGCGCUCUCCUCCCUAUGAUGUCGGAGGCUCCUUUCCAUUGCGAAUUCAUCCCCACGUGGCCCAAGACAGCUCACCUAGGUCAGAACCAGAGAGUCUGCUGGGCGGCCACAGCGGUGUGGGGGUCACAGAGAGCAAAAACGGGGACGUGCAGCUCAAGGUGCAGGUGCUGGAGGAAAUGCGCUGGCAGCUGGAGGAGGAGCGCAACUGGCAGCUGUCUGUGCUGAUUGCCGAGCAGGAGAGGGCACAACACCGCCUCCUGCAGGAGUUGGAGGAGAAGGAGAGGAGGCUAAUGGAACAAGGUGCUGAACUCACUUCACUUGGGGAGCCAGCGGCCAGCUGGGGGCACCAGAGAGACAGCUUCUCACCCCUGAGCCCCUCCUACCCCACCAAUUUUCCUGCAGAAAAGUCCCCAGUAGGCAGCAUAGGAAGCCUCCCGUCGCCUAACAUCCACCCAGCUGUGUAUCUGUGGGGGAGCAGCAAGACCCGGGACAGGCUGAUUCAAAUGCUGAGCCCUGAAAUGCAGGGGGCGCUGUGCCGCCUGAGUGCCAUGGCUCGCGGGUUCCUCACCCGGCGGCUGCUGAAGACAGAGAAGGUCAUUCACCUGCGGCAGACUGUGCAGGACACACAGGACUUCAUCCAGUCAUUCCGGGGUGAGACCCCGCUGAAGAAAGGAGCUCUUUCCACGCAGGAUGUGGCUUUGCAGCAGCGAGUCAGAGCCCAGCUACGUGCUGCCCUCUACGAUGUUCACGACAUCUUCUUUGAGAUGCCGCUGGAGGACCGGCUGGGACUGCUGCAGAUGGACAGGGAGUUACGCACAGAGAGGAAGAUUCGGGAGAUGGAGAAAGCCAGGAGCCCCAAGGACAGGUUGACGCUCUCUGCGGCCACGCAGAAGUCCCUGGACAGGAGGAAGCUGAGGGUGAGGGAGACUCCCACACACUCCAAGAAGGCCCAUCAAAAGCCAAAGAGCCCCCCCGCAAACAGGAUCUUGCAACCAAGCCAGGGACAAAAUGCUCCCGUUGCAGGCCAGCUCCUCCGACAGGGGAGCUUAUACAGAAAGAUGCCACAGGAACGAGUGAGGCACUCGGACAUGAGGAAACGACACUCGCUGGGCUAGUUGAGGUUUUCAAUGCACAUGCUCAGUAUACAUGAAAUGAAACAAAGCAGCUACCGUCACACUUCGACAUGAAAGGCAUAACUCUACAGGGGCCUUGUUGCCAUGCCAACCAAGAUCCUACACUGCUAAUGCCUUUAAAGAAAUUACUUCCUGUCUCCAUGACAACAGAAAGCCCCGUCUCUCUUAGCUCCCCCCUGUCUAAUUCCUGCCACACCCACUAAUCUUCCACUCUUCCCUUUCACUACAUGCAGCUCCGUCCAGUGAGGAAAACUGUAGUUCUUAGUCAUGUUUUUAUUAUCAUAGCUUCAUAUUUUAUAAAGAAAAAUAUGUACGCUGUUAAAUUUCUUCCCUUUAGGUUUUAAUGUGCUGUGCCAGGCCUCUCAGCUCUUAUGCCCUUAUGCUGGUCUUAGUGGCAAUCCUGGUGAAGAACUUAAAAAAACACUUAAGAAAACUGAACGCUUUGCUCUAAAUAUGAACUAUAGGAAACACACCCACUCCAGAUGACUGUAAGACACAGCAGUGCCUUUAUCUUUACUAAAGCAUAUCUUUCACAUUUUUUUGCAGUGAAGUUGGCUAACUAAUACAUGACAAGGACGUUCAUCUGUAAAAGCCGCCGAUGUGAACCACGCCCUGGCAGAACGAGGCUCGAAAAGCCCCGUACGAUUCCAGGCACGGUUCUGUUCAUUUUCUGGUCAUACUAAAGCAGAGAAUCAUUACCUAAACAAGAAUUUAUUUAGCGACAUUAUUGUAAUUAAAAUGUCCGGCGGUGUUCUCACUUAGAGCUAUCCUCAAAGUCUGAAAUGAGGAGUGAGCAUGUCUGUGUGUCUGUGGGGGGGGGGGGGGGGG